UAGGCCCUUUUCGUAGCUAAUAAUAAUAAUAAUAAAAGUACAGUUUCUGGAUUCGUAUUUAUUGACAUUGUCAUCACCAUGGCCAGGAUAGGUCGCAGGAAUGUAAUUUUUGCUAUACUUAUAUUAGUUUUGCUAGCUUGUGUGGUAGCUAGUAUGGCAAGUAAGAAUGACAAAAAAGAUGGAGAUGGCAAAAAUGGUAAAAAUGGUAAAAAUGGUAAUAAGGGAGGUGGUAAUGACGGUAAAAAUGGUGGUAAGGGAGGUGGUAAUGACGGUAAAAAUGGUGGUAAGGGAGGUGGUAAGAACGGAGAUGAUGGUGGCAGUGGAGGUGGUGCUGGAGGAGAUGAUGGCAGUGGAGGUGCUGCUGGAGGUGCUACGGGUGGAGUUGCUGCGGGAGGAGGUGCUGCUAGUGGAGGUGCUGCUGCAGGUGCUGGUGGUGGUGGUUCUGUCUUUGACGUUACAAAAUUUGGUGCCAAAGCCGACGAUAAGUCAGAUAGUUCAACUUCAUUUAUAAAAACAUGGAGGGCUGCAUGCGAUUCAGGAGCUGCGGGGGCGAAGAUGCUUAUCCCAAAAGGGAAUUACGUGGCGGGGCCGAUGGUUUUUGAAGGACCAUGCAAGGGCAAAAUUACUUUUGAGUUGCAAGGAAUUGUAAAAGCUACAACUGAUCUCAGCCAAUACUCGGAUCCAAACUGGAUUUCAUUUGAAAGAAUCGACGGUCUAACCAUGCUCGGUGGUGGCACAUUCGACGGCCAAGGAGCUGCUUCUUGGAAGUACAAUAAGGGUGGCGGUGGCACUCUUCCCGAUCAACUGAAGUUUUUUAGAGUGGAUAACUCUGAUAUAUCUGGGAUUACAUCUCUCAAUAGCAAAUAUUUUCACUAUCAUGUUGUAUCCUGCACCAGCAUUAACUUCCACGACCUCAAAAUUACUGCUCCUGGUGACAGCCCUAACACCGAUGGCAUGCAUAUUAGUCUUUCUAAGGGCAUCUCGCUUACCAACUCUGCUAUUGGUACCGGUGAUGAUUGUGUCUCUAUUGGACAAGGCGCCACUAAUGUUAAAGUUAGCAAAGUUACCUGUGGCCCUGGACAUGGCUUUAGUGUUGGAAGUCUUGGGAAGGUAAAAAAUGAGGCAGAUGUGACCGGAAUCAGUGUGAGCGACUGUACCCUCACAGGCACAACUAAUGGAGCUAGAAUCAAAACAUAUGCUGGAUCAUCGCCCAGUGCCGCUAAUAACAUCAUUUUUAACAAUCUUGUUAUGAAUAAUGUACAAAACCCUAUAAUCAUUGAUCAAUUUUAUGGUUCUAGCAGCAAGCAGCCAUCGCAGGUGAAGCUGAGCGACAUUCAUUUCACGAACAUUAAGGGGACUUCCGCUACACCGGAAGCAGUGACCUUAAAGUGCAGUUCAGCUGCUCCUUGUGCUCAAGUUGAACUUACUAACAUUAAUUUAACCCAUGGAGGCGGCGCUGGGAAAGCUUCAUGUUCAAAUGCAAAGGUUGUAGGAAAAGCUAGUACAGUGUCUUGCGCUACUUAGCUACAUUCAUUUUUAUUUUUCAUUCUCUCUUUGUAUUCAUUUAUUUUUUUGAGCUUAUUGCUUCUGUCACCAUUUUCGGGUAAUCACAUCAAAGCUUUGGGAAUUAUUUAGAGCCUGAAGCUUCCGUAAUUGGGUGACAUAGCAAUCAAAUAAUUAAUUCUAAUCCAUUGUAAUUUACGUUUUCCUUAUUUGAGUUGCUCCUCUUUCAAGGAUAGCUCUUCCAUCA